CGCAACUAACUUAACACAAAACUCAGUACUUCCAAAGUUCUUCCUAACUCUUUGAGUGUUCUUAUUGCGAAAAUUAAUACGGUUGGAUAAAUUUUUCGAUUUGUGAUAGCAGUAAAAUUAAACUAUUUAAACUCAAAUGCAAAUUGCAGACGAAGAUUUUGUUUCCAAAGUUGGUUGUGACAUUGAAUAUUUCUUGAAGAAACGACACUGUAAUGGGAUAUUACUUUUUCCACCUGUAAAUAAUUAUCGUCGCUUUCUUAUUCAUCAAACAUGUGAGAACUUUUGUAAACAGUACGAUUUGUGUACGUUUUCGGUUGGACAAGGCAUACAUCGCCGUACAGUGAUCUGCUUUCGAAAUCAAUUACUAGAUCCAAAUAAAUUUGCCGACAGAACUUUCACUACUCAAAAAAGAAAACAGUCGCCUGUUAAGAGUUGGAGAAGUGAACGAAAAUUAGAAUCAAAUAAUUCUCAGUUUGAAAAUCACCGAAAUUUUAAAAUGGGUGUAGAAAAAAAUUCUGAUAAAACUCGUUUGAAUAAAUCUCAUUCCGUUGACUUGUAUAUACCACCAGCAUUACGAAAUUUCGAAUUAAAUGAAGGUUCAUACAGAAAUGCUACUGCAGCAUAUGCAACUAUCUCAAAUAAUACAUAUUCGACCUCAACGACAUCUUCACCAAUAUCCACUAAUAACUCUCCCAUACAUUUAAAUGAGAAUAGCAGUUUCGACAAUUCAGUGACCUCCAAAUGCAUUGUAUUACCGAAACCAACGUUAACAACAGCCACAGCGCCAACCACGGCAACAAUAACAACAAUCGCGCCAAUUGCACAAAAUGUGGAAAACGGGGAGCAAAGGCAAAAGCAAGCAAGACGUGAGCGACGACCAGAUCGUGUAAUCUACGUUCCAAGGGCACGACGAAGUCAAACAACUCCGCCGACAACGCAGCCACAAGCAACAACAACAACAACUGCGUAUACAGCUGCUGCUGAAGUUACAGCAGCUACCUCGGCCACAACCAGUGCCAGUAAGCAAUUGGCAAUUAUUUCUAAUUCAGCGACAUCAGUCUCUGCUGUAACGUCAACCAAAGCAGACGGUGUUGAUGGUGGUAUUGGUGUUAGUGUGUCAACGGCGUCUAAAAAAUUAAAAACGAGUAGUACCCACAAAGAGCGUAAAGAACGUAAGAGAACUACAAAUACGAUACAAAAUAGAACUACAAAUAUUGUAGAUAAUUGCGCGCCGCAAUCAGCUAGCAUAAUAAUACCUGUUCAAAGUGGAACUGAUAAUUUUGAUGUAACAUAUUUAAAUAACUGUGAUAGUGAACAACAACAACAACAACAACAAACACAACCUCAAUCUCCUGCAGAGGGAAACACUCAUUUACAAAUUAUAAAUAAUUUUCCAAAACAAAAUAUAAAAAACUUGAAUUCAUACGAUUACCUGCAUAAUUCUGAAAAUAUUUGUUCUCAAUUAAACGAUACUAACGAAAUGAAAUCAUCGAAAAAACAUAAUAAAAAUCAAAGAACCUUAAAAGUGGAAACCGUGGGGAAGCCUGCUAAUCUGCUUAUUGAAGAUGUUGUUACCAAUGACACAUCGCGCACUCUUCCAAAAUGUGAUAUAGACGAACAGGAACUGCAAAGAGCAUCAAAGGAAAUAAAUCGCAGCAAUCGUCGUAUUAUCAAACAAUCCUUCGUGUCGGAUGUUUUAGAAAUUCCAGAAAGAAUAGAGCAGAACGGUACCGAUAUUGAAAAACCUAACGCAAAAACAAGUAAAUCUGUUGACGUUAGUAGUAAUACAGAGGAAGAGGAAGAUGAUUGGGAAACAAUGUUUGAUGAGAGUGGUGAAUGCUUGGAUCCAAAAAUUUUAGAAGAAUUAACAGCAUCUGUUGGAAAAGUAAAAAUUGAAUUACCAAAAAUGGAUUAUAAUACAUAUUUAACAAAACAAACAAUUUUAAACGAAGAAGAGUUUCCACAUGUUCUCGAAGUUUCAAAUUUUCCUGUUGAAUUUAAGAAUCAAGAUCUUUUAAUGUUAUUCUCACAAUAUAAAGAAUCUGGUUUUGAUAUAAAAUGGGUGGAUGAUACUCAUGCCUUGGCUGUGUUUAGUAGUUCUCGUAUAGCUGCUGAAGUUUUAUCAAUGAGACAUCCGUUUGUGGUAUUAAAGCCAUUAGCUGAAGCUACAGCAGAAUCUCGACUAAAGGCAAAGAAAUGUGCUACAUCCUUGCAACCAUAUCGUCCACGUCCUGAAACAUGUGCUGCACUUGCACGACGCCUGGUAACAGGUGCUUUGGGUGUUCGCUUAAAAACUGCCGCUGCAGAACGAGAAAAUGAAAAACGUGUCCUACGUGAAGCCAAAGAACGAAAAUUACUGGCAGCUAAGCAACGUGAUGAAGCAUGGGAUAAUUAGGUGAUUAAUAUAAAUAUUGCAGACUUGCCUCCUUAACUAUUCUCUGCCAUCCUUUUUGUGUACGUUGUCUUUAAAGACUUUCUAUGAAAUAUAUAAGAAUAAGUUAAUAUCAAAUAUGCAAACAUUGCAUUUUAGCAGCUUUAAGAAUAAAUGUUUUAAGUAUAAUAAUUUAAAAAUUAUAAUUGUAAAAUAAGUAAAAUUUUAAUC